ACAAGCAGCAGAAUCCACCUCCAAACAGUAAACAGUACCGACUGCCGCCAAGAACUCGCAGGAUUUCGUACGGUUUUGCUUCGUUUUGUAAAAAAUAGUGCUGGGAAAUUGUUGAAAACGUUUCAAAAUUGUAAAAUAGUUGUCAACGAUUAGGGGCAUUUGAAAUAUCCACUAAAACUCACGGUUUUUCAUCAAACUUCACCGUACAACCCAUCCAUCGGAUUUUGAGGUUAGAAACGCAACGACGUCGAAAUGGAUUUCAGCGCCCUUCUGCAGCAAGCGCAAAAGCUAACGCACGAAACGCAGGUCUCCGAUGACUUGCCGCGGGUCGAGCGCACGCUGCCGCAGGUGCUGCAAGCGACCCAGGAGCUGCACUCGCGCGUUUCCCAGACCGGCGCCCAGGACAUGCAGGCGCACAUCCUGCUCGGCCACAAGGGCAUCGAUUUGCCAAAGAUCUCGCAGAAGCUGGAGACGCUGAGCUCGCGCUAGACGUUCGAACCGUUGGAUCCGAUUUCGACGACGGACAUUCAGAGCUUCCUGCGCAACGAGAAGGAGAAUGCGAUUCUGUCGGUUAUCGAGGAGGUGCACAAGAAUUCGUUCCAGGCGGCGCAGAACGCCAAGUGGGAGCACACGAUGAACGACUGGAAGCUGGAGAAGGUGAAGCUGAUGAACGCGUUGAUUGGGCCGUCGCAGAACUGGAUCGAUAUCCGGAAGGGGCCGGAACAGACGAUCUUGAACGAGAGUACUUUUGGCGGUAGGUCGUCGUUGAAUAACCAGGAAAUGGCGUACGCGCGGGAGGUGUACGAGUACAAUAAGCUGAUCAACGAGGGUGCGAUGCGACCGUCGCUGGUUCAGCGGUUCGCCCAGGUUGCGGACGGGUUUAACGACUCGAAGGUUAGCGACAUCUGGGAGAUUAUGAAGUACAUGACGAACGUGACGCCCAGUCCGCGCACCCAGGAUCCGCUGCGAGCCCGUUGCACCCAGACGCAGUUCAUCGAGCAGGCCAAGCGAUACCUGGAGAAUCGUUACAAGCUGUUUAUGCAGACGGUUAUUGCGGAACAUCUGCGAGACGCGCAACGCGGUGGAAUCCCCAGCAUUCUGAACCUGGUUGGAUCGUUCGUCGGACUCAAGUUCGCCAACCAGAACCAAAACUCGAGCUUCAUUGGCUUGCAGGACGGACACGUAGACGGGAAGCCCCUCUGGCCAAUGGUCUACUACUGUCUGCGUUGCGGCGACAUCGCCUCCGCCCUCAAGUGCAUGCAAAUGGCCGGGCCGGGUCACGACGACUUCAUCGCCGUCCUCGAGGAAAAGUGUCGCAACCCGGGCCAGAAGAUCAACCCCAAGCUGGAGCUGCAAAUCCGCAUGCAGUACAAGCGGCAAAUCCGGAACGCCAUCGAUCCGUACAAGCGCGUCGUCUACUGCAUCAUCGGCUGCUGCGACAUCCAGGAGCAGCACCCGGAGGUCGCCAAAAGCUCCGAUGACUUCCUCUGGAUCCAGCUGUCCCUGAUCCGCCCAGAGUCGGACGACAACUCGGAACACCUAACCUACUCCGGCCUCCAGGCGGUCAUCCUGGAGCAGUACGGCGAGCGGCACUUCAACGCCACCGAGCAGCCCCACCUGUACUACCAAGUUCUAGCGCUGACCGGCCAGUUCGAGGCCGGCAUCGAGUUCCUGUCGCGCUUCGACAAAUUCCGCCCGCACGCCGUGCACAUCGCGCUGGCGCUCAGCGAGCUGCACAUGAUUGGCGGGCCGCGCAACCUGCAGGAACCGCUCCUUUCCGUCGACAUCGAGGACCCGCAGCCGAUGCGUCGGCUCAACAUUGCCCGCCUGAUCAUGCUGUACGUGAAAAAGUUCGAAAUCACCGACCCGGCCGAGGCGCUGCAGUACUUCUUCUUCCUGCGCAACCUGCGGGACAGCGACGGGCGCAAUCUGUUCCUGGUGUGCGUGUCCGACCUGGCGAUUGAGUGCCGCGACUUUGACCUGCUGUUUGGCAAGAUGCAACGGGACGGGAUCCGGUCGCGGGGGUUGAUCGACCAGUUUGAGAGCUCGCAAAUUGACGCGAAGAUG